GCCCUCUUUGUGCUUUCUAUAUCAUCAUCAACAUUGCACAAUUUGCUGAGAGCUAAAACGUAGUGUGUGUGUGUUUGUGAGCUCGAAACAACACGAAUCGAAGACCUUUGAGGACUCUGAUCAGAUCAAUGGCUACCAAAGUCUAUAUAGUGUACUAUUCUAUGUAUGGACAUGUAGCGAAACUAGCAGAACAGAUAAAAAAAGGGGCUGCAUCUGUGGAAGGAGUUGAAGCAAAACUAUGGCAGGUCCCCGAGACACUACCAGAGGAGGUGCUCGGUAAAAUGAGUGCACCUCCAAAGGGCGAUGUGCCACUAAUUACACCCAAUGAACUUGCUAACGCUGAUGGGUUCAUCUUUGGCUUCCCCACAAGAUAUGGGAUGAUGGCUGCUCAGUUCAAAGCGUUUCUUGAUGCAACUGGAGGUUUGUGGAGAACACAACAGCUUGCAGGCAAACCUGCUGGAAUCUUCUAUAGUACUGGAUCCCAAGGCGGUGGACAAGAAACUACCGCGUUGACUGCCAUUACCCAACUGGUUCACCAUGGAAUGAUCUUUGUGCCAAUUGGCUACACAUUUGGAGCGGGCAUGUUUGAGAUGGAACAAGUGAAAGGUGGAAGUCCUUACGGCGCAGGGACAUAUGCUGGCGAUGGCUCGAGACAACCAUCUGACCUCGAGUUGGAGCAGGCUUUCCACCAGGGCAAGUACAUUGCCGCUAUAACAAAGAAACUCAAAGAAGCUGCUUGAUUUCUAUUUGUAAACAACAAUACUAUUUGGCAUUAUUACAGUUUUUUUUUUUUUUAAAAAAAAUAAAUAAAUUUGUCUAGGACUUCAGUGUCCUAUUUCUUUCUGAUUGUAAAAUAUUGUUCUUGCCUUAAUUGGAUUACAGGCAUUGUAUGUGUUGUACUAAGUACAAUGGUUUUUCUCAAUAAUAAAAGUGUGUUUGCUUUGUUUUCUCUC